AUGGUCGACUUCAAGAGCGAAACCAUUCACAAGGUUUCGGAAAAGGUGGCAGAUAAGGUGCAUGAUACCACCGAAAGGGUUGGCGGCCUGCUUGAUCAGGCCGAGGCUGGCAAGAUUCCCGGCACCAAGGGUCACCAUCCUGUCUCUGCUGUCAUCGGCACAGCGUUGACUGGUGGUAUGGGCAAUGCUGGCACCAAGGGCUACCUGGCGGCCUACAUCAAGGAGCUCGAAGAUAACCCUCUCCGAACCAAGAUGCUCACUGCUGGUACUCUAGCCGGUACACAAGAGCUCUUCGCUUCAUGGCUCGCCAAGGACCGCAACAAGCACGGCAACUACUUCACUGCUCGUGUACCCAAGAUGGCAGCCUAUGGCGCUCUCGUCAGCGCUCCUCUGGGCCACUUCCUGAUCUGGGCACUCCAGAAGGCUUUCAAGGGCCGCACCAGCCUGCGCGCCAAGAUUUUGCAGAUUCUUGUCAGCAAUCUUAUCAUUGCUCCCAUCCAGAACAGUGUUUACCUGGUCGCCAUGGCUCUCAUCGCCGGUGCUCGCACCUACCACCAGGUUCGCGCAACCGUCAAGGUUGGCUUCUGGAAAGUCAUGCGUGUCUCAUGGAUCACUUCUCCCAUCUGCCUGGCUUUCGCCCAGAAGUUCCUUCCUGACCAGCUCUGGAUUCCCUUCUUCAACAUUGUGUCCUUCAUCAUUGGCACUUACAUCAACACAAUUACCAAGAAGAAACGCCUUGCAGCUCUCCGUAAGAAGCACUUCGGCGACGACCGCCGAUCCAACGCUGGCGACAUGCGCCCAGGCCGCCCCGACGACUACCCUCCUCCUGGUAUGGGCGGUGGCCCUAACCCUCCUUACUAA